UGCCCGGCCGCACCCCUGCCCAGCAUGUCGGCACUCGAGUGGUACGCCCACAAGUCCCUGGGCGACGGCAUCUUCUGGAUUCAGGAACGCUUCUAUGAGUCGGGUAACCGCGCCAAUAUCUGGCUGGUGCGCGGCUCCGAGCAGGACGUGGUGAUCGACACCGGCCUGGGGCUGCGUAGCCUACCGGAGUACCUGUACUCCUCCGGCCUCUUGCAGGACGGCGGGGCCAAAGAGGAUGCGGCAUGCAGGCCGCUGCUGGCUGUGGCCACCCACGUGCACUUCGACCACUCUGGCGGCCUUUACCAGUUUGACCGGGUGGCCGUGCACCAUGCCGAGGCCGAGGCACUGGCUCGCGGAGACAACUUUGAGACCGUGACCUGGCUGUCCGACAGUGAGGUGGUGCGAGCACCCAGCCCCGGCUGGAGGGCCAGGCAGUUCCGAGUGCAGGCGGUGCAGCCCACCCUCAUCCUGCAGGAUGGGGAUGUAAUCAACCUUGGUGACAGACAGCUCACUGUUAUGCACAUGCCGGGUCACUCCAGGGGCAGUAUUUGCUUACAUGACAAAGACCGAAAGAUUCUCUUCAGUGGAGACGUUGUGUAUGAUGGAUCACUGAUUGAUUGGCUCCCAUACAGCAGGAUAAGUGACUAUGUUGGAACCUGUGAACGUCUGAUAGAACUAGUGGACAGAGGUCUGGUAGAGAAGGUGCUUCCUGGGCACUUCAAUACCUUUGGUGCUGAAAGGCUUUUUCGACUGGCUUCUAACUAUAUUGCAAAAGCCGGGAUAUGUCACAAAGUUUCUACUUUUGCCAUGCGAUCUCUUGCAAGUUUAGCCCUACGUGUAACAAAUUCUAGGACCUCACCCUAGUACCUGUACUGAUAACCUAUUUAGAUUAAUUCUAUAAAUUAAUCCAAUUCACUUUGUGAUUAAAAUGAUUCAUGGUGAGCAUUUCAAAAAGUGCUAUUAUACUACUGUUGUAUAUUUGAAGGGAAAAAAAGGUUGAAAAUGAAUAAGCCAAAAAAGAAAGUUGUUAAUUUUAAUUUUUUUCUUUCUCCAAAUAAUAAAACUCUUAAGUAAGAUUAUAAUUUGCCAAAGCUGUCAUCUUGUAAUAUGUGCUCCAGAAGUGACAUAAAAAUAUAUGGGAAGCAAGGAGGCAUUUUGUAGUAAGAGAACUGCCCUUGCCUCCCAUUUGUCUUAUUUUAUUUCCUAGAUGACCUAGAAAAGGGAUAUAAAAAGUGUUAUGUUUAUACUCCAAACUUGAUAUUUUUAGUAUAUUAUUUAAAAGUAAAGGUUCUUUGGUUUACAAUACAUUAGAACUCGAUACAAGCAUAUAAACUAAGAUUUAGAAUGACAGCUAAAAUCUUUUAUGAUAUAGAAUUUUUAUGCUUCAUUUUAUUUAUUCUUAAUGUAAUUAUCACAUUAUAUGUUGUAUAAUUUUACUUACAAAAGUAUAAUGAAUUUUGUUUUAUUGCAAAGCUUUAAAUGUAAAUUGCAGAGUGCUUCAGUAAAAAGAUGUUAUAUAUUGUUGUUUGUUAUUAUGUAUGUGUAAUACUUUCAAUCAUAAAAGUGAAAUUCAAAAGUCUGUAAUCUACAAAUUGUCAGAUUUCUCAAAAGGACACUGUCAGGCAAACCUGAAAAAUAUACACAUUGAGGAUAAUUUU